AUGGCCUUCUCCACCCGCAGCAUCCAGCUGGGCACAGGCCCCCUGCAGCAGUCCAGCGCCACCAGUGUGGUCUCCAGGAGGGUGGCGGUGCAGAAGGUGCCGGCGCCCAGCGUGUACGGCGGUGCCGGCGGCUCCGGCACGCGGAUCUCCAGCGGCUACCGGCAGGGCCUGGGGGGCAGCCUGCAGCUCAGCAUCACUGGCAGCGAUGUGCUGCUGGCUGGCACCGAGAAAUCCACCAUGCAGAACCUCAACGACCGCCUGGCCUCCUACCUGGAGAGGGUUCGCUCCCUGGAGAGGGCAAACUCCCUGCUGGAGAGGCAGAUCACGGAGUGGUACGAGAAGAACAGCCUGGGGGUCAGGCAGGACUACAGCCCCUACUUCAAAACCAUCGAGGAGCUCCAAAGCCAGAUCAGUGCUGCACAGCUGGACAAUGCACGGCUGGUCCUGCAGAUUGACAAUGCCAAGCUGGCUGCUGAUGACUUCAGGCUGAAGUACGAGAACGAGCUGCUGCUCAGGCAGAGCGUGGAGAGCGACAUCAGCGGCCUGCUGCGGGUGCGAGACGACCUGACCCUCACCACGGCUGACCUGGAGGCUCAGAUCGAGAGCAUGAAGGAGGAGCUCAUCUUCCUCAAGAAGAGCCACGAGGAGGAGGUCACCAGGCUGCACAAGCAGGUGGGAGGCUCGGUCAGUGUUGAGGUGGAUGCUGCUCCAGCUGUGGACCUUGCAAGCAUCAUGGAGAAGAUGAGGACACAGUAUGAGGAGCUGGCAGAGAAGAACCGCCAGGAAGCCAAGGAACGCUUUGAGAAGCAGACUGAAGAGCUGAACCAGGAGGUAGCCAUCAACGUGGAGCAGCUGCAGGUGCAGAGGAAAGAGGUGACAGAGCGGAGGCAGAUCUUCCAGAGCCUGGAGCUGGAGCUGCAGUCCAUCCUCGGCAUGCAAAGGUCCCUGGAGGGCUCCCUGGCCGAGGUGGAGGCUCGUUACAGCUACCAGCUGGCGCAGAUCCAGGACACCAUCGGCAGCCUGGAGGCGCAGCUGCGGCAGCUGCGGGCGGACAUGGAGGCGCAGGGCAGCCAGCACAGCCUGCUGCUGGACGCCAAGACGCGCCUGGAGCUGGAGAUCGCCACGUACCGGCGGCUGCUGGAGGGGGAGGACAUCGGGGACACUUCACCAACUCUCUCUUGCUUCUCGUUACCAGAGUCAAGUAAAAUCAAGAAGAUCAAAACCAUCGUUGAGGAGGUGGUGGAUGGCAAAGUUGUCUCCUCUCAGGUCAAAGAGGUUGAAGAGAGGGUGUAG